AUGAAUUCUCAUAGUGCUCAAAUCCUUCCCAAUAAAGUCACUCUUGACAAUAAGUUUGAACCUCAUAUUUCAGUAGAAGACAAACUUUCUAAACUUAAAAAAACAAAACCACCCGCAAUUUCCUUCAAUUAUGACGAUGCAGCAAGCUCUAAAAACACAGUUUUCGUGGAUACUAACUGUAAUAACGGCUUUGCGGCUGCUAUUUUGCAUGCCUAUAACUAUAAUAAACAUUUAUGUUUAAGCCCUGAUGAAAUCUGGCUCACUAUUGUUCAAGGCGUUAGUCAUCAUAUUAAUUAUAAUUUAGAGAAGUUCCGUCACAGAUGUAUUAAAAAUGAAGAGAAAAAUGGGAUUAGUGCUUUUGUUGGUGAUAUAUUAGAUAUAGAUACUCUUGAAGAUGAUUGGCAAAUUGUAAAUAAACUUGUUAUGAUAACUGAUGAGCAUGUGGAAGAAAUUGAAUCUAAAGAAUUAUUAGAAUGUGAUUUUUCAACAAUUUCAAGUAAUUUAACAACAAGCCGUACUGUAUCAUUGGAUACAUCUAAGGCAUACUUCAGUUAUAAAUUCACAGACUGUUGUGUAAUUCCAAAAGUUACACUUGAGGGAACUCUUGAAGAUUGGGAUAAGCUUCAAGAAAGAGUAAUUCAAUUAAAAAAGUUAAAUUUAGAACUUGAUUUUUGGUUAGAUCGCCUUGAACCUGUGGUUUUGAAAUUAGUAGCAGCAUAUAGUGGUGAAGUUGACGAAGAAUUUUGGGGUAGAAUUAUAAAUAUAAAUGAAGUAUUCGGUUCUGAAGGAGGUACUUAUAUUUCAGGUUGGAUGUUAGCUUUUUUCCCUUAUGACCGCGCAGGAAAUCAGUUUCCCUACACCGAUGUAGAAAUUUUUGAUAUUCCAGAUGACAUGACUGAGUUUCCUUUUAUUGCUGAUACCGAUUUAUUUUUGAGAUGUGUAGCUGGAAAUUCUGAUAAUGAAUCGGUUGUUUCUCUUUUAGUUGGAUGGUUUAUGAAAUUUGUAUCACAUAUCGGUGAAUUUGCGGAAUUGGGUCUAAAUUAG